AAAGAUUGGGCGAAUUUAAUUGUAUCUAUAACAGCGAAAAUUCUUCCAGAGGCAUUAACUUAAAGGAAACCGAUGAUAAGUUGUAAAAAUCAGUAGUUGUCUAUAAUUUUGAUAAAAUUAUUUUCAUUAAAGUUUAGUUCUAGGUUGUAUUUUUAUUUUGUACUGUAAUUAUGUCCAUUAUUGUGGAUACUUCUUUUUCGGUACCUCCGCCUCCUUUAAAUUUUUCUGUUCCGCCACCUUCAACUAAUACAUUUAUUCCAACGAACUACAGGUUCCAAGGCCCUAUCCCUUUAAAUAUACGUAGUGCAAAUGUCAGUGGACCACCAAGACAUCAAACCGCCAAAACUGGCCCUCCACUGGAUUUAGAUUUUGAUGGAAAACGAUUGAGAAAAUCAGGACUUCGUAAAACAGUAGAUUACAAUGCUUCAUUAAUUCGUAUGCUUCAAAACCGAAUAUGGCAACGGGACUAUCGUGAUAGACCAUUUUUACAGCCAGAUACACUUUAUACACCACAAUUAUUACCCCCACAAUGUUAUGUAGAUAAUUCUGUUAAUGCAGUUACAACUGCUUUUGUCAAGACUGUUACAAAUAAAAUUCGAUGUCCUGUAUUUUGUUUAGCGUGGACACCUGAAGGUAGACGUUUAAUUACUGGAGCAUCUAGUGGUGAAUUUACAUUAUGGAAUGGUUUAACAUUCAAUUUUGAAACUAUUUUACAAGCUCACGACUCUCCAGUUCGUUCUAUGGUUUGGUCACAUAAUGGCAAUUGGAUGACUACUGGAGAUCAUACAGGUUUCAUAAAAUAUUGGCAAUCUAAUAUGAAUAAUGUUAAAAUGUUUCAAGCUCACAAUGAAGCUGUUAGAGGAAUAAGUUUUAGUCAGUCUGAUGAUAAAUUUGCAACUUGUUCAGAUGAUGGAACUAUUCGUAUCUGGGACUUCUUUACCAAUCGAGAAGAAAAAAUUUUGAGAGGACAUGGUGCUGAUGUUAAGUGCAUAGAUUGGCAUCCUCAUAAAGGUUUAUUAAUAUCUGGCAGUAAAGACAAUCAACAGCCAAUAAAACUUUGGGAUCCUAAAACUGGUCAAUCAUUAGCUACUUUACAUGCACAUAAAAGCACUGUUAUGGAUAUCAAAUGGAAUGCUAAUGGAAACUGGGUUGUUUCAGCAUCAAGAGAUCAUCUACUAAAAUUAUUUGAUAUAAGAAAUCUUUCUCACGAAGUUCAAACAUUUAGAGGUCACAAAAAAGAAGCUAGUACUAUUGCAUGGCAUCCAUAUCAUGAAAACUUAUUUUGCAGUGGGGGUUCAGAUGGAGCUAUUUUAUUUUGGAAUGUUGGGGUUGAUAAAUUUGUUGGAUCAGUAGACCAAGCUCAUGAUAGCAUUGUUUGGUCAUUAGCUUGGCAUCCAUUAGGUGAAGUUUUAUGCUCUGGUUCUAAUGAUUACACUUGUAAGUUUUGGACGCGUAAUAGACCUGGAGAUAAAAUGACGGGUAAAUAUCAUUCUGUAAAUGCUGUAUCAAAUAUGUUGAAAACUGAUAAUAUGAUAACUGAUGAGCAAUCAACUAUACCUGGUAUGGGACUUGAUGAUAUUGCUGAAGAAGACACUAGUAAAGUUCCAGUAGAUGAUAAUACUAUACCAUUAUUAGAUAUAACCACUAAUGAUGAUCAAGUUAAAGCAAGACCUAUUAAAAAAAUACCUUAUUCUAAACCUAUUCCAAAGAAUUUUCAAAAACUUUGGAAUGAAUAUAAAACUAAUGAAGAAACGGUGGAUGAUGAAGGAGAUGAAAAUAUAGGCCCUGAUAGUGAUGUAGUUAAUAAUGUAGUAGAAAGCUUAAUGGAUCUAAUACCAGGUUCAAGACCUACAAGUGAAUUAAAGCCAGAAUCACUUCUUGUUUAUGGACAGAUGAUAAAAGUAGAUCCUAACUCACAAUUAGAAUUUGCAAUUAAAGAAGGGCGAGAAUCACUAAUGCGGUUAUUACAUUCUGGAGCAAUACCAGAAGUACGACAACAUUUAUCAUUCGAAAGUAAUAGAGAUCCAAUUUAUUUAUAUGCAUCUAAACAUCUCCAAAAGGAUCAAGAUUUAAGAAGAAAUCAAUUUCGUAGCAAUGUAAAUUUCCAAGUAAAUCAAGAUGUCGAUCAUAGAGUUAACAAUUUUAAUCAAAAUUAUGGAUCUGUCAAUAAUUUUUUACCUCCACAACCAAAUGACAAUUUCAAUAGGCAACCAAUGAAUCAUUUACCUUCAAAUUUAAGUGGCUACAAUCAACCUAUGAGACCGUAUUAUAACAAAUCUCACCCAUACAAUAACAAUUCACAAAGACCACCCAGACAAUAUGGGCCUAAUCAAAAUAAUAUGCGAAAUGGACCACCUAACUUAAUGGAUUUAAACUUUACAAGGCCACCUAAUUACCUUAAUUCAAACUUGUAAAUUAAAACUUAAUAAAUGUAUAAAACCAUUAACAUUAAUAAUGUUAAAAAUGUAUAAUGUAUAAAAAUUAUGUAUAAAUCAAAAUUGUGUGAAAUAUUACUAAAAUUUUUUUAAAUAUGUUAUUUAAAUAAU